GUGGGUGGGAGGAGUCUGUCUACGUCUGAGACCGGUAACAGGACAGGUAGAAACAGGUGAGCAGAAGAUGCACACCUGACAGACACAGACACACAUACACAGACACACACACAUGCUGAGGGAGAGGAGGUGGCCGCUGCGCUGAAGAGGCUCCUGGGACUUCACAUCCUGCUCGACCAGACCGGGAACCAGAGAAGGGGGGACCAUUAGGAGCAUUAGAGCGCCUCGCAGGAAGCAGCUGCUGCUCCUGGUUCGGAUUAUUUAGAAAACUCGUAAAUGCUCCUUUAGUACUGACUUUGUUGCCCCUCCGCGGUGAGUUGGAUACUUUUGAGACAUUAAUUUGAGGUUUGCAGUAUCCCGGCAGCUGCAGCCUCCCGGGGGUGUUUUCUGCUGGAGUUUUGAGCUCAGGACGGAUUAUUGGUGUGCUGUAGUCUCACAUAAUCCGCAGUUUGUGUAGAUUUUCUUUAAAACAGCGACAAUGUUUCCCAAAGCUGAGCAGAGCAGCAGGUAGUUUCCUGUUCCCGUCCUCUCCGCGCGCGUUAUUUCUUUAUUUAAUCCCCGGGAGGGAUCAGAAAACCGGAUUUACCGACUUAAUCUCACACCUGCUGACUGGGACAGCACCAUGAUCAGCUCCGAGGGCCUGAGGCCGGCCACAAACGGCAGGAAGCCGCUGGGCAAGCUCGCAACCCGGCUGGAGGAGGUGAAGAACCCGUGGCGGCAGGUCUCCACACUGGAGCUGAGCCACAACGAGGCGGCCCGGCUGGCCACGGACGCCCUGCUGGAGCACGGGGAGAAGGAGUACCGCAGGGUACUGAGCGAGGAGCGGGAGGUGAACUUCCUCUCCCCGCUAGAGAUCCACUACAUCACGCAGCAUGAGACCAGCAAGGCGUGCGGCGGCCCCGAGAGCAAUGGCGCCGGCGACCGGGACUUCGGGGACGGGGACGCCGUGUCCGAGCUUACUUCUGGAACUUAUUUCCCCAUGAUGUCCGACGAGGAGCCUCCGAUGCUGGAGCUCGGAUGGCCGGACGCCCCGACGAGAUUCGGACCGUCAGAGACUCAGAUCUACUUCCAGAGAGACAAAUCCCACAACAUCAAAGACACCAUCAGGUCCCUGAUCAACAAAGCCAAAAAGGUGAUCGCGGUGGUGAUGGACGUGUUCACGGAUGUGGACUUGCUCUGCGACCUUAUGGAGGCAUCCAACAAACGCAGAGUCCCCGUCUACAUCCUGCUGGACGAGAAGAACCUCAGAUAUUUCACAGACAUGUGCUCCACGCUGGACAUCCAGAACUCACACCUCAGUAACAUGCGUAUUCGUAGCGUUUGCGGUGACACGUACUGCACCAAGAGCGGCAAGAAAUUCACUGGUCAGGUCCUGGAGAAGUUCAUGAUCAUUGACUGUGAAGAGGUCAUCGCUGGUUCGUAUAGUUUCACCUGGUUGUCGGCUCAGGUGCACAGCAACAUGGUGAUGCAUUUCUCGGGGCGCAUUGCUGAAAGCUUUGACCGAGAGUUUCGCUGUCUGUACGCCGACUCUCAGAUCAUCGACUGUUUCUUCAACCCGGAGGAGGAGGGGAUGCCCUAUUACCCACCGUAUGCUCCCAUGAUAGCCCCCGGCUUGGCUCUGGGGCUCAGCCCAGGGCUGGAUUUACUGUCUGACAGGCAGCGGGACAUGGGGUGCUCCGAAAACUCCAGCAGCCAGUCGAGCAACAGCAUCUCCAGUGUGAAGGCUGCACCUGGAAUGUCCUCAAACACGGUCUACAAGGUCACCCAAAGUCACGAAAAGGACAUCACUGGCAACUCCCACCUGAGUCCUGAGAGGAGAGGAGGACUGAGCGACCGAUCAGGAGGACAGCCCCCUACAUCAGGAGGACGAGGCUCUGUCAACGGGGGAAUCAAUCCUGAGCGCCCGCCACCACCCUAUGGUCAGGCCAUGGGUAUCGAGUGGAACAAACCCAACACAGCAGACAUCAUGCGGUCAAAUAUCGGCGGCACCUCUGCCCAGUUCCAGGGGUUGGGGUUGUAUGACCACAAAUCAAAUAUCUUCUCCUCCUCAAACCUGAACCCCAAGCCCCAGAUGCCCUCCCAAGUCAGUGACACUAAACUGCCUCCUAAGCAGAGGCCUAACAACCAGUUCUUCAACAAAUUCUCAGAGUACUUCCUGUCAUCCAACUCUAAAGACAGGGACACCUACAACUUCCAGAGGACACCGUCUCCUCAUAGCUCACCGUGGGGAGGACCAGACCUUUCUCCAACUGAGCCAGAGAGUCAGCAGAGUCCGCCGCCACCGCCGCUCUCUCCGGUCGGUGUAAUACAACGCCAGGACCAGAAGCGAAUGACGCUGGGCCACAGCAAGCUGGACCUGGUGAACCAAUACAACAAGAUGAAGUCCAGGCAGGUGUACAGCCGCUUUGAGCUCAAGCACACAAAUUAGACUGGGAGGCCAACCAUCAGAGGGAUUCAUCUGACUCUGGGACAUUCCUCCAGUGUCUCUUAUCAUAAAGAUAAGAGUCCAAGAACUUGGAGGUUGCUCAAAUGAGGUCUUCAGGCCUCGAAUAACACCCUCAGUCCUACAGGAUACCAAGCCACUUGAAGAGCCAUGUUGGCACUGUGUGGUUUCCCUCAGACUUCUUGAAACCAAGGUUUUAGCAUGUACCGCAGAGUAGUGGCUUGUGACUUUUAUUAAACUCAUACAUCAUUAUUCAACAGUACAGAUCACCUACAGUUGCUACCUGAGUAAACUUGUUCUUUACAGGGUGCAGUCACUGUAUAAAAACCAUUGAAAAUGUGAAUUUUUGGCUUCAACACUCCAGGGACUUUCAUGUGGGCUUUUCUAACUAUUUUUAUACAGGGAAACGAUCCUGAACUGGAAUUUGAAUUCUUCUUUUGCGUAAGCCGACAAUGCUGCACUUAAUGUGCUUUUUUUAAUAGGAUACAAUCAUUUUUACAAUAAUAGCGCUGAAGAAUUGUUCCUCCAUGUAACAUUCACAUAAUGCAAUUGUAGGAUUUUAGAUUUUUCUCAGUUUUAGUGAACUUAACUAAUGCGGAUGUAUACCUGAUUGGAUGCAGCUCUGGUAAUAGCAAGACCCUUGAUAUUAAUACUGCUGAUAUUCCACAGGUCCCAAUACCAAAUUACAGAUGUAAAGUCAAGGUAAAAAUGGUAUUCAAAUGCCUCAAAAUAUUCAGUUUACAUUAUUACAGUUGUGACAAUGAGAUUAUUAUUAAUAUAUUAUUUAAACAAGCCAUAACAAAAAGCAGGCAUACAUACAUAUGCUGACAGAAAUCUUACAUGCAGUCACAAACAGUAAAGUCAGACGUGUGUUUUUAGUGACAUGUUCAUCCGAUCUUUACUCCUUACAGUGGAACAUGUGCCUUGAUCAUCCUGCCUUAAGGUUUACACUCACGUUUAAACACACUGGAAUGUCUCCAGCAGCCUCGGCGAGUGUCGCUCACAGUUUUACUUUCUUUGUUCAGCACAGGCAGCAAUCUGUGCUGUAAACAGUAGGAGCAAUGCUGCGGCCGUUCCUGGUGCUCAUUACUGUUCUGGGACUUUAGGUGUAAAGGUCUAAACUGCAGGACUGCAGGGCAUUUUGUGACAUAAAUAUGCUAUUUGUUAUAUCUGCGUCAAUCAUCUAUAUUUACAUUCCUUUGCUAUGUCACAACUUUCAUGUUCCUCAUAACAGAAAGUUGCUCCUGACACUGCACACUUGUGCAGAAAGCAGCAACUUGUUGAUUUGUAUAGUGUAUUAAUUAAAACAGAUCAGAUCCAGUUAAUACUGUGUGUGCAUGUUUUUAGUGAUGAAUAGUUCUGAUAUUCUUCAUCACCCUGCACCACAGUGACUCCUCCUCCUGUCAGACAAAGAAAUAAGAUCACCCUAAGCAAUAAGGAUCAAUAAGGAUCAAUAGUUUUGAUGUGUGUGUGGUUUUUGUUUACUGCUCAUUCAGUGGGCGUUUUUGUCUUCAAAUCAGCGACACAGUUGAUUUAUCUGUAUAUGUUUGGCUAUGUACUGUACAAUAUACUGUAUAUAGUACAUGGAUGGACUGCCAGGAAUUUGGGUUAUUGUUUAAAAAAAAAAACUUCACCUGAUUUAUUUUUACAGUUUAUUUACUGGAGAAUGUGAACUUAAAGUUAAACUUCUGCAUUUAAGUUGGUUUUAAUUUGUAAGAUGAACAAAAUUUAAUAAAAACAUGAAGGUAAAA